UCAACUUGAGCUCGCCAACAGAGGUUUCUCCUAUAAAUACUUGUAGAACACUAACCUAAGAAAUCAUUCCAAACUUCAUACCGAAAAUAAAUUGGCCUGAGUAUUGAGCAAGAUUCGGAUUCAAUUUCUGUGAUAUCAUCGAUGGCGUUCUCCGAAGAUUUGAUGUCGAAAUGCUCAGAACAAAUAAAUGCUUAUAAAGCCGCUUGUGAAGAAGACCCAGAACUCAAAUCCUUUGAUGCUUCGCUUCAGCAGAAAACCAUCAAAAUGAUAGACUCACUCACCGUUGACACCAAGACUGGCUCGGUAUCCCCACACGAGGCACACAUGAAGGUCUCAGAGCACCUAGUUGAAGUUACCCAAGGUGUGGCAAACUUCAUUACUAAAGUCGAAGGAGAUGUGUGGGUUAACGAAAAUCUAAGGUCUUUGGUCUUGGCCUAUUUUGAAAAUACCGCGAAGACUUUAGAGAUUUUCAAUACUAUAGAGAAAUGCGUCGAUGAUGCAUCUAUGGGCCAAGUUUACAUUCAAGAGGCCUUGAUUGAGUUUGAGAACGAGUCGGCAGAAAAGGAUGAUGGUGGAAAAAAGAAGAAGUACGAAAAAACAAUGGAGCAUCUGAAGAAGUUUAAAGCCAAUGGAGACCCCUUUGAUGGCCAAGUGCUCACGGAUCAGAUCAAGUUAAUCAAAAAAGAGCAGGAAGACCUUGUGGAGAAAAUGAGUGACGCUAUAAAAAAUAUUGAAAAGGAAGAGAAAUCAAUUGAGAAUGUGCUUUUCGGCAGUGCGUUUGCCCUUCUUGCUGGUGCAUCGAUAGCUGAACUUGGAACAGCCGGCAAGGUUGGCUUUUCCUGGGGGCUUCUAGUCUCACCACUGCUUGCGGUGGGAUGGUUUGGAGUCCACAGUUACAUCGAAAAGAAGAAUGCUCUGAAUAAACAGUUGGAAGAUUUGCAGAAACUGGAAGAUGUGGCAAAAUCGGCGGAGAAGGGUUUAAUAAUCAAUGAAGAAGCGACGGAGACCGUGUCUAAAUUAGUCGAAGGGCUAGAAAACCGUAUCAAACAUAUGUUUGAUCUUGUAGAUAAUGCUAUCGACCAUGCAAAAAAUGAGGCGGAAGCGAGAUAUGUCCUAAACAAGAUCAGUAAGAAAGUAGACAACUUAACACGGAAAAUCGAGGAGGUUGGUGAAAGUGUGGAAAAUCAUAGCAAAUUGAUCGUAGAGGCGAGACGUCACGUUAUGGAAAAGAUCAACCGUUUUGGAUAACAUUGAUCCGUUUAAACUUCAACGAUGUGUGUUGUUCAAAACCCAUAUUUUCUAUGUUUUAAUCAUCCCAUUGUACCUUUUCUUAAAACGUUAUAUGUUUUGUAACUUUCACCAUCCGAGAGGAUUGGUUGAUAUGUACCUCAAUCCAAUAUUUUCGUGAAAUAAAGUUUGAAAAAAACUUGUUGUAUUC